CUCACUAUUUGCGGCCCUUUAUCAACCACGACACCUACUGCAUUUCGCAAUGUUUCCCCCUUUUUCAUAACCGAUGGCACGACCCAAGGUCCGCCCUGAAAACAGGCAAAGGGCGGCCAAAGCGUGCUUACCAUGUAAAGCCUCCAAGAAAAGAUGUGACGCACAACAGCCCUGUUCCAACUGUGUCAGGCGAAAGACUAUCUCAACCUGUCACUAUGCCGACGAAAGUCUUGUCCGGUCUGGAAGGACCAGUACGCAGCCCGCAAACCAGACAGACUUGGUCAGAGACAGUCGGUAUGAUACGCCUACCACAGAUAAGCGCUCCAGAUCACCUGCCACGACCACAAAUCCCAUGAGGCCUACUAAUGGACGUCUCCUUCUCAACUCAAAGGGAGAGAAAGUGUAUGUUGGUGGAGCAGCUUCCCUAACCUUUCUGCAAUUCCUGCGCCAAACCAUCAAGCAGCAGAUGGGACCUUCGGUAUUCACCGAGAUCAAUAGUCGAAAUGUCAUGCUUGAAGUCGGCAGCCCAGAGGACACCAGUGACAACUUGGAACCGGAGGAGAGUCAGAAACGUGCCUUGAUCGAAGUCUACUUCGCAGCGACAAAUGGCUUUCUUGACUUGUUCUCAAGGGAGGAACUCGAGGAGUACCUGACGAAGGCCACCCUUCCGACCACUAGUGGACGUGAGUACGAACAAGCAGCUUUGGAUCUUACACUUGCCCUUGGUGGCCAGUGUCGCGCAUCUGGCCCAAGCGACCUCCGAUAUGCGUCGAAAUGCUUCUUGAGAGCACAAAAGGCUGCAUUAGCUGGAUAUCUCGAAGACCCAUGCUUGGACAUGGUACGAUGUUUUUUACUCAUGGCCUUCUACAUGCUCGGCGCUUGCCGAAGAAAUGCUGCAUUCAUGUACCUGGGUAUUUCCAGCCAAGCAUCUUCUGCCCUCGGUCUGCAUGUUACGGAGCAAUAUCGCCAUUUCAACCAGCACGAUCAAGGCAUUCGUCUCCGCACCCUCAAAAGUCUACGCGUCCUAGACGUACUUGUUUGCACGAUACUGGGAAGGAACUAUUCCACUCCGGCUAUCCCGAUUGACACUGCUUCCUUCACGAGUAUGCAUAUCCAUGUGGGCAAACCUCGUGAUAUGGCAUUGAAUGCGAGCUUUGGCGCAUGCUCGCUUAUUGCUGAGAUCAUGCAAAGCCUGGACUCUGAUAGAUCUAUGGAAGUGGAUGAAGCUCAGGGCUUUCUCAAACGUUUACAGCACUGGAGCUCUAGUCUGCCGAACGAGAUCCGACACUUCUCAAAGGCAACGGAAGAGCCAUUGACAUUACCGGAGCAGGAGCAGAUCAUCGGCAGUAUCCACGUAUCUUGCGUCUACUACUUUGCCGUCAUGCUCGUCACCAGACCGUUUCUGACCUCACACCUCAUGUCACGGUUACCUUCGGCAAUGUCACAGACGUCGGAGUCGAUGCCGACCGUACCAGCUAAGCCCGAAGUCACGGGCCUGGCACAAGCGUGUAUCGACUCAGCCAUCCUCAUGUCUCAGACCUGUCAUGAUGCACUUCAAACUGGCAUCUUGCUCAACAACAUGUGCAUAAUGAAGGCAUGGCUCUUUGCAGCUGGCUUGGUGUUGGGAUUUUCCAUGUUCGCGCAAGGAGAGUCCCCUUUUCACAUGGAUGAAUCCUUCAAUAGCGCCCGGGAAGUCCUCAAGAAAUUGGCAGAUCACAGUCCUCAGGCGGAGGAAUACUCUGGGAUACUCAUUGCUUUUGCCGAUGCCAUACAACGCCAUCGUCAACAUCUUUCGCGCGAAAAGCGACCGAACAAAUAUGUUAGUCGGAUUCUGUCGCUAGAUUUCAAUUCCGGCGAGUCCGGAUCCCAGACCGAUUUCUCGCCUCCCACCGCAUCAAGCAAUCUGGCCGAUCAACACACGGACAUGCCAGAUGCAAGAGUUGGCGAUCUCUCAUCUUCACACUUGCCCACCGCCUCGGCUCUGCCACUUUUGGAAGAAGACGGCACUUUUGACGUGGGCUUGUUUGGCUGGGAUAGCUUCGCUAUGCAAAUUACCGAAAACUUUUCGUAUGACAACUACGAUUCUACAUGGGGUCUAGCUGAAUGAAAGGCGGGUUCAUUACUCUCCCAAAGACAUAAUGUAUGUCUCACGCACAACAUCGG